CAGAAGUGUUUUACCACAUAGCCAGAUUUCGUUGUUUCACAGUUCCAAAAUGUUCAAACUCGUCUUGGUUUUAUCUCUUUGUUCCAUCGCUGCAGGUUGCAGACAGCUGAAAGGAAGUUUCGGCUGUGAGAGUGUCUUAGCAUGCCUCGUAAGUAAUGGACUAGAUAACUCAGAGAAACUCAGCCAUUGUCAGAAAGCCAGUGCUGCCGUCUCCUGCUACGACCAUGUUGAGGCCCGAUGCGACGACCAAGAUCUUAAAAGUAACAUUACCGCUCAGAUCAACAGGGAUAUUUCCAUAUGUCCGGAUGAAGAAACGUCUGCCGAGGAGGACUCUGAGUGCGCCAAGUACAGUAGGAAGAUUGAUGAACAUUCCGACGCUGUCGUAGACUGUGUGCAUACUUUUUCAGAAAAUAAAAAACAGCUUGCCUUAACCUCUGACACGUUUUCUGGUCACGAUGCUUCAGCCGUCAACGUUUGCCCGUUGUUAGAUCAGCUAUACCUAUGUGUGCUCACAAAAAGUACUGAAAUCUGUGGAAAUGCUUAUGGAAGUUCCACGAGCCGCUCGUUUGAUCAGUCGUAUCGGUCUGUCUUCUACGGCUCAGAAUGUGGCUUUGAUGCCAGGAAGGCUCGUCGUAGUGUUGAGAAUAUAUUUCCAUUACUGUCUAAGACAACAAAACUAAAACGAUGAACAUCUGAUUUGGCGUAUUGAUAAAGUCUAUGCUUUAUAAAACGGUUUUUUUUUUAAAAAUCGUUCUUGCUGUGAAUAGUUAUUUUGAUUGAAAAAUAAAUAAAUGGAAUC